GCCGCAGCCUUGUCCGAGGAGUUGCGGCUCCAUCGAGAGCAGGCAGUCGCAUUGCAGCUGCUUGCGGACUGCCAAAGCCAGCAGCAGUGCUAUCUCGAUGCCAAGGACACGGUGGCGCAGGCUCGACGCUUGUUUGCUCGUGCAGAAGACCAUGUCAACGAGGCCUCGGCCGCACUCCAGGCCUCGCAGCUCGCGGCGCUCGCAGGGGACCACGCCGGGGCCGUUCUGAUGUGCGUCGAAGCCCAGGAACUGGCCAAGCGGGCAUUCUGCAAGCACCUGGAGUGCAGCGCGUACCAUAUGCUCACGGGCCUGCACCUAGAGUCUGGCCAGCUCAACGAUGCCCUUCGGAUGAUGAAGAAGGCGUUGACGUGCUCCCGGCAAGAGGGCAACAAGAAGGAGGAGUCGAAAUGCCUCCUCCUUGCUGUGAUGGUCAACUUAGCCAUCGCGAACAAGGAGACUGCAGCGGCGAAUGCCAAUGAGGGAGAUCAGUCUACCGCGGAGCGCCGGAAACGCGCGGCGACGCGCAUCGACAAGGCCGAGGAGCUGGCGAAGGAGGGCCUCCUUCUCGCGCGGCGUGCUGGCAAUGCUUCGUGCUUGGCGAAGGGCCUGCAUGCAGCAGCGAUGGUGCAGCUACAGCGGAGUAACUACGAGAAUGCUUUGCA